AUGCUCUCGCAUGCAAAUAGCUCGCCUGGCGAACGCGUACGGCGGGCCAAGUCAACAUCCUCGCAGAAUACCACAUCCUCCGGCCACCAACGAGCUUCGACCUCCAUCGAUCCGUUGGUGGCUAAGCAACAGGCUGAGACAGCAGCAGUGGAGGCCUUUCAUCGUGCUGGAACUCAGGCCGACAAUGCAGCAGCCGCUCGACCUCAAGCUCACCGGAGACGAAACCAGCGGACCGAAGGCAGCCAUUUUGAGGAUGCGCGAUUAGGGCGACGAAGAUCUGGUUCGAAGAGGAGAGAUAGUAUGGUUGUGCCACCGGUCAAUGCCGUGGCGAGGCCGACCAAGAUCGAGCGCGCGGUCGAUGGUAGUGGUGAGGAGAGAAUCGUGACACGUAAACGUUGUAUCAUCCCGCCUGCAUCCCCGACCACCUCGCGGUCUGUUAACCAGCAGUAUCUCAACGUGCCUUCCAGCGAGCACAUACGACAAGCACAGUCUGUAGAUGCAAGUGGGAGCCCUGCACCACGAUAUCGAGGCUCGACUACCGACCAUAGUCAAGGCGCGCAAACGAGCAGUCAGACGCUUCAUCAACGGACUGAUGAAUAUGCUCGACAGAUGGCAAACCUUUCCGACUUUGACGAGCCGACAACAAGGACGACCGUCUCCUUCACACAGUCCACUCGCGAGAUGCAGACAGACGAUCAGAUCAUGGCAUACGCCAGAGAUCGUUGCUUGCAGGACUUCCAGCAACAGAAGAUCCGUGAGCGGAAGUCGUUCAUUUUGGCACCAUUCCAGAAGCGUCGUGGUGUCACUGUGGGUCGAUCUGCUACUGGAGGUUAUGAUACUAUGCUGCCACCCUUCAAUCAAGCCGAUAAUGUGGACAUGCAAGCUUUUCAAACAUAUGCCGAGCCGGUCCAGACCUCCUUGAACCCUGCUCCGAAGGCGCCCACGAGGAGUCGAUAUCUCCAUGAAACUAUCAAGAACCGUGUCAAAAGUGCCUUUCGAAAGGUAUCAAAGGCACCAACUGCGCUACCAGCUCAGCAUUUCGAAGCUACCCAACUACAUUACAUUCACGGCCCUCUUGUCACUCCUACUGAGCGCCCUGUGGACCCUUUCGAGUCUUUCGGGCAAGCACCAUCGGACAAUGCGGGCGAACUCCGGACUGCGAGUGCACACAGUCACGGUACUGCAGGUCAAGAAAGUGAGGCAAGAUCUAGGAUCACAAGCUGGACCAACUCGACGGUGGCUGGGACUCUGAAGUCGACAGCCACGGCUGGACGUGGAACAGAUGUUGGUGAGUAUGGUGGAAGACUCGGCACAAAACGCAGUAGUGCGACUCUGCGUAAGGCCACCUCUUUCUUCGGCAGACCUGUGCAGAACAAGCUUCGGCGGUCAAGCAAGGCCGAGCUCAAUACUUCGGAGGAGAGUCAAGGCUUGUACAGCGCGUUGCAGACUCGAUUCAGAUCAUCAAAUCGUACUUCGACGCCCGAACUGAUAGUUACUGGUGUUGGCAAUGACCUUUCCCGCGGUCCUUUAGCACUUUCGAACGAGGCUUUGCCGCAGCCAACAAGCAGAUACAGCACACCGACGAUCCGCUCAGUUACUCCGGACCCGUUGGCAUUCAAGCACGGUAUAUGCUCCCCUGUCCCAGAGGCCCUGAGCCCCGAAGCACGAACCGGAGAUGUGCAUGAUCCUUACGACCUGCCUGCUCCGCCAUCAUCAUUGACGCGCCGCCAUGCUACCAGAGCGCCAUGGCCUUCGCAGGAACAGCUGCAGAAGAGAGCAGAGCAGUCAAAGAACAGAUGGCAGAGCCCCUUGGACGAGCUCUCACCACGACCCUCAAAAGCGGACAUGCAGGAGAAUCCUUACGAGCUGCAGAUUCUAAAUGCUGCAUGGUCACAACCGGUAGCACGUAACGACCUCCCACACUCAUCAAAAGUCGGCGUGAGUACCCAGCAGCAUGUACGCCCAGAUGUGCUGUCACCCAGUGUAUACUCUCAAGCAAGUAACUGCGCUUCACCUCGACCUCUCACCCCUCCUGUCGAUCGAAGUGGCAUGAUUGUCACUAUCACUGGACACGAAGUGAGGAGCUACUCCAUCUCACCACCGAAGCAAGAACAGCCAGUGAAAUCACAUUCCAUUCGUCAGACGAGUGGCCAGUGGCGACGCUGGCUGUCAGAUGAGAUGCACAGUUUCCGAGACGCAGUCAAGGAAGACCUGCCGCUUGCCCAGGCUUUCUUGGAUGGCCAUACUGGUCAUGAUAGAAGUAUCUCUGAGCAAAGUAACCAACAGAGCGGGAAUGUCAGGCCAUCAUCUCUGUCACCUGUUCUGGGUGCUCGACCGGAUUCAGUGGCGAUGAGUAAUGGAGCUGCUGCAUCUAACAUCGCGGGUCGACCACGACUGAGGAGCCGAGGGUCAAGUUUCAUGAACGAGCGAUUCCCGAUGCUUGAUACUGGCCGGAACUCAAGUGAUCAAAGUAUCCGGAGCCGCAGGUUCUCAUCCGGAGCCGGCAGCUCAUCUGAGAGAGACGGUACGGCACGUCUUAGCCUCAACGGACGGACGAGUGGGCUGUCCGCAAAGCAGAGAGUGAUCACUGGCCGCGCAUCUAUAGCGCAGAUGCAACCGGCUGUACCAGACACUGGCAUCGCAGCCACACGGAAUCUCCCAGCCAAAGUCAUGAUGAGUGGUGCACUGAUCGAGGACGAGAAGGCCAUCGACCAUGCCGACAACGAUACGACCACGUCCAUCAUCGUCCCACCUCGCAGUAGGAACCGGCACAAGUCCGCCUUCGAGCUACGAGCAAAUUACAAACGCAACAUUACCACGCAUCAUGAUUCUUUUCCAAUUGAGAACAACAAGCACUUAAGUGCAUCGGAGAACAAGAACACUAUAAGCAUCCUAGAAGACAACACCAUCCGCAACAUUUCCGCCGGACCCUACGCAGCCCAACAAGCCAUAGCAGCUUGCUCCCGCUCCAAGAACAGGAAAGAGAACACGCCGCCACCCAUGGAAAUGAGCAACUUGCCUGCUCUCUCGAGCUCUGAAUGGCUUGCAGCUGGACCGAACAAGUCCAAGAGGCCGGAGACCAUCCAUCCUGCACUGAGGCAGAGGAGGAGUGUGUCGAGGUACUCGCCUCCGAAUCAAGAUGGUAAGGGUAGUCCGGCGCAGAGGAUGGCUAGCGAAUGGUUGGAGAAGAGGAGUCGGGAGAGCACUUCUGCUUUUGUUUAA